UUUCCAGCAUGAACAAAGGGUUAUAUGGGUAAAGGAGGAAGCUUCGCCGAGCUUGAAGCUACUUCAAUGUUCUGCUAUAAAAAGAACCACACUGAACUGAACUUUUUUUUUUGCCAAGAUGCCUUCGACUGGAGAGCCCUCUUCCCCGUCGUUUCACCAGCUACGGUCAGCCAAAAGACAGAAACUUAUAACAGUGGAGGAGAGCAGUAGCAGUGCUUCCGUCAAUAAGCAAAGCGAUCAUAUUGAAGGAAAAAGCCAAGUGACCGAUAGAGUUAUCCAAGGUGCUUUGGGACAAGAUGGUGAUAGACGAGAAGAUAUUGGCCCUAACGGAUCAACACUUGCUUUUAGCGAUUCGGGAGAUCAAGUUCAUGAGGUUGAAACAGAUGGUACAUUUGCAUUUUCAACUGCUCAAAUUGUUGAACAGAUGCAAAAGGAGUACGCCUUGAAAUUCUCAAAGUUUUGUUUGGCUCUAUCAUUUAACGGCUUACUGACCGUCUUAGCUACAAGUUUUCCGAACCAAGUUGCUAAUGAAGCAAAAUUAUAUGUUGAUUUUGCCGUCAUCUUUCUAUUCAUCUGCUUUGAGUCAGCGACUAUCAUGAUGAUUAUGAGUUCCCCAUUAUGUCGAAUUACUCCGAACCCGCAAAUCAUCAAAAUGUUGGGGAGAAUAAGUUUGGCAACUCUGAUGCUUGCAAGCUUAGACCUUUGUGCUUUUCUUCUCAAAGAGAACAGGAUCUUCCUCGGAGUGUUUGCUGGCGUUGUGGUUGCACUGCCCCUUCUGAUUAAGAGAUAUCAGAUAUAUGGAUUUUAUUGAAAUCGCAUCAAUUUGAAGGCAGAGAUCGAGAAACCACAUAGUAAGAUAUGCAAAAAUUAUGAUACAACAUGGUAAGAUCAAAUCUUUGUGCUUAGAUUAAGUUGUGUUAUUAGAUUGUAAGUAUUUAUUUAAAAUACGUUGGGUUAUUUGGUUAAUUGUAAAAAAUCUCUAUAAAAUUACUUUUUUAUAUUUAGUUGAAAGCGAAUUGAAACUAAUUUUAUAUUAAUAAAUUUCUUCGUGAUAUUUUAAUAUUUUUAUAAAAGGAUUUUAGGCACAUGUCGCCCUCAAUAGGCUAGCUAGCACAUUCAAUGGUGCUUAAGGGGAUGACUGCGACAUGGGUGGUUGUGAAAUAGCAGUGACUUUACCUGGCAUGAUUGACCGGAGAUUAUUGA